UUGUGAACAGCCUCUUUAAAAACCAGAGUCUCCACGCCUCCUUGAUCACUUGGUUCCAGCAUCCUGCUGUGCACAGAGGCAAUUAGCCAAAAUGAUGCCUGGAGGCUUAACCGAAGCUAGACCUGCCACUCCAGAAAUCCAGAAGAUUGCUGAUGAGAUAAAGCCACAGCUUGAAGCACAAACGAAUGAGACUUACAAUGAAUUUGAAGCUGAAGAAUAUAAAAGCCAAGUGGUUGCUGGGACAAAUUUUUACAUCAAGAUACGAACUUCCAAUAAUCAGUAUGUUCACGUGAAAGUAUUCAAAAGUCUUCCUGUGUACAAUGAGCCUUUGAAACUUGUCGGUUACCAGACUGGCAAAACCAAGAAUGACGAGCUGUCGGCUUUUUAGCAGCAUAAUCCAAAAGUAGUCUGAUUCCUUCCACUGGCUAUGGAUUAAUGAUCCCUGUUAAUAAAUAGAACCAGCAAAAAACAAGCAUUGCUUUUCAAAUAAAUUUAUUUCUC